AUGUCUCAAUCAUCGCAGCCCCCCUCCCCCCGUCUCACCCACCGCGAUCUCGCUCACGUCGACGGCGUGCUCCAGCUGCACUCCGCAGAGGGCGCUCUGCUCCCCGCAGAUGCCCCUCGCGCCAUGUUCGGCGCAGGCGGGCCCAUCAAGAUCGCCUCGCAGACUGCAACCCCUCCCAUCUCAGUAGUCGGCAUCGGAAACAAGGUCGCAAAGCCCGACUACUCCGAGGCCAAGAUCGUGGUCGCCACCGUCGGGCUCCCCGCGCGUGGAAAGUCCUACCUCAGCAACAAGCUCAUGCGAUAUCUUACGUGGUUGGAAUAUAACGUCAAGGUCUUCAAUGUCGGACAACUGCGCCGCUCACGCGCACGGCAGCGCGCGAUGACCGUCCGAAGCGGCCACCGCGAGAACCACUCGGCGGAGUACUUCAGCCACCAGAACGCCGAGGCCACGCGCCUGCGCGACAAGCUCGCGGAGGACAGCCUGGAGAUGCUGAUCCAGUGGCUCAAGGACGGCGGGAACGUCGGGAUACACGACGCGACGAACAGCACGAAGAGCCGGAGGGCGAAGAUCGAGCAGCGGGUCGCGCGCGAGAAGGGCAUCGUGGUGAUCUUCCUCGAGUCGAUCUGCGACGACCCGGCGGUGAUCGCGGCGAACGUCGCGCUGAAGGUGUCGUCGGGCGACCCGGACUACAAGGACAUGUCGCCCGAGGAGGCCAAGGCGGACUUUCUGCGGCGGAUCCGCGCGUACGAGGCGGUGUACGAGACCAUCGAGGAGCCGCGGCUGUCAUACCUCAAGAUCAUCAACGUCGGGAACCGCGUCACGAUGAACCACAUCCGCGGGUACCUGCAGAGCCGCAUCGCGUUCUACCUGAUGAACCUGCACCUGAAGCCGCGGAGCAUAUUCAUGUCGCGGCACGGCGAGAGCCAGUACAACGUGGACGGAUUGAUCGGCGGGGACUCGCUGCUGUCGGAGCGCGGCAUGACGUACGCGCGUGCGCUGCCCGCCCUGAUCACAGAGAACAUCGGCGAUGCGCCGCUGACGGUCUGGACGUCCACGCUGCAGCGCACGAUCCAGACGGCGCAGCUGCUGCCGUACACCAAGCUCACGUGGAAGUCGCUCGACGAGCUCGACGCGGGCGUGUGCGACGGGAUGACGUACGAGGAGAUCGAGCAAGCUUACCCAGAGGACUUUGCGAACCGCGACGAGGACAAGUUCAACUACCGCUACCGCGGCGGCGAGUCGUACCGCGACGUCGUCGUGCGGCUCGAGCCCGUCAUCAUGGAGCUAGAGCGGCAGGAGAACAUCCUGAUCAUCGGACAUCAGGCGAUUCUGCGCUGUCUCUAUGCGUACUUCCACAACCUCCCCCAGGCGGACCUGCCGUACAUCAAGAUACCCCUGCAUACGGUGAUCAAGCUGACGCCGAAGGCAUACGGCUGUGACGAAGAGAGAUAUACGCUGCCCAUUGAGGCCGUGGACACUCACCGACCGAAGCCGAAAGCGGCUCACCAACCGGCCGAGGUGCCCAUGUCUACGUCCAAGCGUCAGUACUAUGCGGACGGAAACGCGAAUCGGUAG